AUAUCCGACAGUCCAGAACUUGCGUUGACAAAUUGAAGAAGGGGUUUAAGAAAGCAGGGCGGUCGUCGUCUAGGGUUUUAGAGAAAACCUUCAAUCAACUUUACUAUUACUCCCGUCUGAUCAAUGGGUUUUUGGGGCAUUGAAGUGAAACCAGGCAAAACGCACCCCUACCAUUCUGAUAAUGUGCCGGGAAAGCUCCGGAUAACUCAGGCAACUUUGGGUACUGGCUCAUCAAAAGAGAGAAGCAUCGUUCAGUGUACCGUUGGCCAUAAGAGUCCAAUUUUUUUGUGCUCUUUAAUACCAAAUAAGAUUGAAUCAUGCCCCUUAAAUCUUGAAUUUGAGGGAGAUGAUUUGGUAGCCUUCUCAGUUAUUGGCCCUCAAAGCGUCCAUCUUUCUGGUUAUUUUGUAGCCAACGAGGGGAAUUUCAUUAGGGAUGACUAUGAGUCUGAUUCUUUUGGGGAGGACAUCGCAGAAACAGAUACAGAUGAUUCAUCUGAAUAUGACACUGGAGAUGAAUAUGACGAUGAAUUCAUUGAUGACGAUGACGACGACUAUCCUGAGUUGUAUCCAACUUCGCCAGUUCCCAAAAGUGGAGUUGUAAUUGAGGAGAUAGUGGAUGAUGAAAAGUCAAAUGAUGCCAGUGGUCAAGCGAAACAAGUGAAGAAAAAUAAGUCUAGUGACUCUGAAGACGUUAGGAACUCGCAGCGUCAAAUUGUGCUGAAAAGAAAUGUUGGAAAUGCUGUUUCAGAAAGUGACGAUGAGGAUGGAUUUCCAAUUCCUACCAAAAGCAAGAGCAAACUGAAUAAUCAGAAAUUAGAAUCAGAACAGGAACGAAAAGAUCCAAGCACUGGGAAUGUGAAGGAGGCAAAAGAAAAAGAUGGCAAUGAUGCUUCUAGCUUAAAAAGAAAAGUUGAAACUGACGAGCAAGUUGAUCAUAUAGAAAGGAAAAAGAAAAAGAAGCAGAAGAAAAAGGUAAAAGGAGAAAAAGCUCCGGAAGCUGGUAAUGAUGGCAAUAUGGGGAGUGAAAAGCCACCUGAAGAAGUGAAGAGUGAAGGCGUUAAUCAGAUUUAUCAUGGAGAUGGGAAUGAUAGAAAGCUAUCUAAACAGAGGGAUGUCCCCACUCACAUGGACAUUGUGGAUGGUGAAAAUCAUAUGGAAGAGAAGCAAAAGAAGAAAAAGAAGAAAGCGAAGAAGAGCAAGGAGACUGAAGUUGGAUCAAAAUCCAAUGAGCUAACUAAAACAGGAGACGAGAGCAAAUCAACUUUGGGAUCAAAAGAGAAGGAAAAUGAAUCCAAAUCAUCUAGAGUGAGAACCUUCCCUAAUGGGUUGGUCAUUGAGGAGGUGGCAAUGGGUAAACCAGAUGGUAAAAGAGCUUCACCAGGAAAUCAGGUUAGCGUUCACUACAUUGGCAAGCUAAAGAAUGGCAAAAUAUUUGACAGUAACGUUGGAAGAGCACCAUUCAAAUUCCGUUUAGGUGUGGGACAGGUUAUAAAGGGAUGGGAUGUCGGGGUUAAUGGUAUGCGAAUUGGGGAUAAAAGAAGAUUGACAAUUCCUCCAUCAAUGGGUUAUGGAGCUGCAGGUGCGGGUGGGAAGAUUCCGCCGAAUUCGUGGCUUACUUUUGAUGUUGAAUUGGUUGGCGUUCGCUGAAUUCGACUGCUUCUGCUUCUAUAAUAUUAAGACGGUCUUCUGAUUGAAAAUUUUGUUUCUAUUCAUCACUUCUGUUGAUCCCAAUUUUGUAUUUUAUCUAAUAUCACCAAAACGUGAUUUUGGAUCAACGAGGGGAACUUUUUCAACUUACAUAUAUCUAGUUGGUUAAAUUAUGAGUUU